AUGUUUGUGUUCAUGGGGGGGGGGGGGGGGGGGGGGGGGGGGGGGUGGGGGGGGGGGGGGGGGGGGGGGGGGGGGGGGUGUGUCUCCUGGUUUAAUCAGCCUGUUUGUGUUCAUGAGUGGCGUGACCCUCAGAUGGCAUGGUGUAUUGAGAACGAGCUCCUCCUGUUCAGCAGAGCUCGUCUGGAGGUGGAGAACCAGGCCCCCAGCGCCUCCUGGAGCAGGGCAUGGAGAUCCAGUACUGACUCGGGACUGAUCCGGGACUGA